AUGAGCGCCUCCGCCAGUGUCGCUCGUCGGGCGGCGAUUGUCAACCCUCUCCUGGGCAACGCGCGUGCGCUGUCUAGCCUCGGUGUUUCGUCAGCUGUGCUCGGCCGAAACGCAAGACAUCUUCCUCGACGAGUAAACGCCCUCGCCCUGCUCGUACCCGUCCGUCAUCUGGGUACCGACCACCACAACCACAACCACGGCCAGUCUGGCCCGCCGCCGGGCUUCAAUGUUGAAGCGGCUAAGAAGCCCCUGCCCAAGGAAAGCACCCCGGCGGCCAAGAGCGACUCCAAGGCUACCGCCGACUCCAAAGAUGCGGCUGAGAGCCAGAGCAAGUCUUCCAAGGAUGCCGCAGCAGCAGACAAGGCUGAGUCCGAGUCAUCAUUGUCGGAACUAGCGGCCGCGAAGGGAACCUCUGCUGAUGCCGAAAAGACUGCCAAGGAGAAGAUGACAGUUUGGCAGAAGGUCAAGAAGGAGGCUCACCACUACUGGGAUGGAACGAAAUUGCUUGCGACAGAAGUCAAGAUCAGCACUCGGCUUGCCUUGAAGAUGGCCGCUGGCUACGAACUCAGCCGGAGAGAGAACCGCCAGUUGCAACGUACUGUCCAGGAUCUUGGACGUCUUGUACCUUUCUCAGUCUUCGUCAUUGUCCCUUUCGCCGAGCUUCUGCUCCCUGUCGCUCUCCGCCUGUUCCCCAACAUGCUGCCAAGCACGUAUGAGGGACAAAAGUCAAAAGACGCCAAGGCGACGAUCCUCAGAACGACGCGCAAAGAAGUCAGUCAAUUCUUGCGGUCCAGUCUCAAAGAGACUGGUCUGCCGUUGACUCCGGCAACGACUCAGAGUGAGGCAUUUACCACAUUCUUCCGGAAACUUAGAUCCUCUGGCGAGUCGCCCACCCGUGAGGACAUCAUCAAGGUCUGCAAGAUCUUCAAGGAUGACUUGACUCUGGACAACCUUUCCAGGCCCCAGCUGGUUUCCAUGUGCAGAUACAUGAACCUAAACACCUUCGGUACCGACAACAUGUUGCGAUACCAGGUCCGUCACCGCAUGCGCCAGAUCAAGCGUGACGACAGACAGAUCAGCUACGAGGGCGUUGACAGCCUCAGCGUUGGCGAGCUGCAGAUGGCGUGCGCCAGCCGUGGUAUCCGCACCGCAAGCGUCUCUCCCGCAAGGAUGCGCGAGUACCUCCAGCAGUGGCUCGAUCUGAGAUUGAAGGAUGGCGUUCCCUCCACUUUGCUGGUUCUGAGCAACGCCUACAUGUAUGGCCAGGUGGCUGCUCACAGCCAGAUCGAGGCUCUCGUCGGUGUUCUCUCGUCUAUCCCUGACGAGCUGUUCCACGAGAUCUCCCUCGAGGUGUCAAGUGCUGAGGGUGCUGCUACCAACAAGCAGCGUCUGGAGGUCCUCAAGGAGCAGCAAGAACUCAUCGAUGAGGAGAACAGCCAGAACGAGGAGAACGCGAACUCUGGUUUUGCCACCCCCCGCGAUAUUGACAACAUUGACGAGAAGGAAGAAAGCAGCCAGGCUGCGGAUGCUCAGGCAGCCAGCUCUACCCAGGCCAAGGAGGCUAAGGAGGCCGAGCAGGAGAUGCUUAUUGCCAGAGAUGGAAAGGCGCAGGUUGAGAAGGCGGAGAAGAGCGACAAAUAG